AUGUUCUUCAAAAAACGGUCAAAGAAUUAUCAACAAUCUCCAAUGACACCAGCUCCAGUGACUAUUAAAAAAUCAAAAAGUGCAAGAGAUUUCUUUCUUAAAUUAGCUUCACCUUUAAGUUAUAAAUCUCAACCCCUGGAAAUAGAUCAAACUCCAAUAACACCAAUUUCUCAAGUAUUCCAAACUGCAGAUUUGGCAGAAAUCAAAUCACCACCAACUCCAGCCCAAUACAAUUUAAUUGCUGAUGACAUACCGCAACUACUACUGCCUCCAAGAAUAUCCCUGCUAAUGCAUCCCAAAAUUUUAGAAUUUGAAAUAGACUCGUUUGAACAAACAUCAACACCAAUAAAAGGUGAAACAAGAUUGACAACGAGAAAAAGAAGAAAUGUUGAUGAGCCUGAAUCUGUAAAACGAAGAAGUGAUGAUUCAGUAGAUUCUAUAUUUGAUAAUGCCUAUCAUUCUGAUGGUGAAGAUUUGGGCUAUUAUUUAAAAAAAGCAUCUGGUUCGGUAUCACGACCUGGAUCAUUUUUUGAUAAAGAAAGCUCAAUCUUCAUCACACAGGCAGAUAUUGAAAUAUUUACUAAAUACGAUACAUCAAAUCCUAACCCCCAAUCCAAUACAUUUAUGGAAAGUUUUUUAGAUGUUUAUGACGACCAAAUUAACGACCAUACCACCAAUCAACAACAACUAGUAGACCUAGAAGAGCUUCAAUCAGAACAACACCAACAACAACAACAACAACAAGAAAAUAACUUAUCUUUAAACAAUCAAGCUGGUCUUGAAAUAAAUGAUGAGAUUUACCAAUUAGAAUUAAUGUUAAUUAAAGAAAAACACAAUUAUAUAAUGAAAAAACAACAACGACAAAUUAAUCAUUUACAAAAAUUAUUAAGCUAUCAAAACCAAAUAAACCAACAAUUGGUCAAUCAAAUGUCAGCUAAUAAUACUGACGACAACAGCAGCAACAAUAAGUUAUUGCCUCCAUUUUCCAUGAAUUAUCCACAUAAAAGAACCAACACCAACACUGACACCCAUAUUGAUAUUGAUAUGGAUAUUUAUGUCGAUGAUAAUAAAUCUACUGUCUCAUCAGCUGAUUCAAUAAUGAGUAGGAAUCUUGAUAUUCAUAAUCCAAACUAUCAACGUAUUCACAACAACAAUAGUGAUGGUAAUAAUACAGUGGAAACAAGAAACUACUCAAGUACUUCCAGUUUAAGAAGUCAUUUUGUUAAUGAUUAUUGUAAAAUUAAUUGUUAA